AUGCUGGUGCCAGACAGUUCAUCGCAUCCUGAUCCAAAGUCAUAUGUCACCAGACUUCGCUCGUAUUUCUCAAGUCUUCAACUCAUGCAUCCGCUUGACCAGUCUAUUCCCUCUCACGUCCCACCGGACAUUGACAAAUGGACUCAUGUUUUUGUUCGGGAUGAUUCUGUCAAAGGACCUCUCGUUUCUCCUUAUAAAGGACCAUUUAGUGUGCUAUCACGCACACCCAAAAGUCUCGACAUCAAUGGUCGGGCAGAGACUGUGUCGGUCGACAAACUUAAAAGGGCACAUUGUGAGGUGUCCUCAUCCUUUGAUGAUACCCCAACCACGCCCACCUUUGAUCUUUUACAACCACCUACACAUGUACCUUUGACCACACCAUCAACUACACCUCCACCUUCGUUGCCACAACCUAACACGAGCAAACCCUAUGUCACUAGGACAUGCCGCACUGUGCAUUGGCCCCCAAAACGCACCAGAACUAUUUACAUCUAA